GCGGAGCCCAUUUUCAUUACCAUCAACAAAAGAAACACAAAAUCUUAGCCAUCAACAAGUAACUACAACGGGGAGUAAUCUACAUACAUGAGCUAUUAUCGCACUCUUUUGAUAACGCAAGAAAUUGGCCGGUAUAUAAACAAGUUUAUAAUCAAAAUCCAAAGAGCAAUGAUUGGAGCAGCACUGCUUAACUAGCAAAACGCAGUAGUCGUGUGUGGAAAGUGGAACCGUAAACAACGCAGCUUUGGAGAAAACUGAAAAGAAUUUGCAAAACAAGAUAUCGACCCGCAGAGCAAACAACUACAACUAUGUCCGUAAAUACUGACCUACAACGCGAACGCCAGAAUGCCACUAUUCGCAGUGACGAGUUUGCCACUUGGUGGUGGGGCGGUGAGAAGGAACUCAACAAACGACGGGCCAUGGAAAAGCUUUUCUUUGACGAUCCACAGUUUGAAGAUCAACGUUCCAUUGCCAAUAUGUCGCACAAAGAACUUUAUGAGCAUACUGCAGCAAAAGCUGUGCGCUUUGUGCGAAAACUAAGAGAAUUCCUGCAGCAACAGAGAACCGGUAAGCGUCUUACACCCAUAGAGGAGGUGUACGAGAUGCGUAUCAUAAUGGCUGGCACUUUGGGUGCCGCUUUGGUGCCUCAAAGUUUUCCCUUGCGUUUGCAUUUUACCAUGUUCCUACCAGCCCUCAUCAAUCAAACGACCGAGGAACAACGCAAACAAUGGCUGGAUAAGGCUUGGAAUUUUGAUGGCAUAAUUGGCACAUAUGCUCAAACUGAAUUGGGCCAUGGCACCUAUAUGAGAGGUUUGGAAGCCCGUGCCGAUUAUGAUAUUGAAAGAGGGGAAUUUGUUUUGAAUUCACCUUCACUAACCUCCUACAAGUGGUGGCCCGGUGGCAUGGGUCAAACGGCAAAUAUGGUAGUGCUUAUGGCCCAACUUUACAUUAAGGAUAAGCCCUAUGGUUUGCAACCAUUUUUGGUGCGCAUACGCAAUGAGCAGAGCCAUGAACCAGAACCCGGUGUAGAUGUGGGCAGCAUUGGUCCCCGACUUGGCAUGAAUGGUGUGAAUAAUGGAUUUUUGGGUUUCAAAAAUGUACGCAUACCUCUUAACCAAAUGUUGGCCAAGCAUAAUCAAGUCUUAGCGGAUGGCACCUUUGUUAAGGGACCAGAGCCUUUGUUGCUCUAUGACACCAUGAUAUUCUCGCGUGUCAUUGUUGUGCGAGAUGUUUCGUAUAAUCUGUUGCAAGCGGCCACAAUUGCCACAAGAUAUUCCGCUGUUCGCCGCCAGGGCGUUGAGACACCUGGCCAGCCCGAGAUACAAGUUCUGGACUUUUUAACACAACAACAAAAGUUAUUCCCUCAAAUUGCCAAGGGCAUAUUUUAUCGUAUGGCAGCUGACUAUGUCUGGGAUAUGUAUCGUGUGGUCAAUAAGGAGCUCGAUGUGGGUAAUAAACGUAAUCUUCCCGAGUUACAUGCUUUGACUUGCUGCCUUAAGGCUGUCUGCUCCGAAGAUGCUUCCAAAGGAGUGGAAAUUCUGCGCAAAGCUUGUGGAGGUCAUGGUUUUAUGGCCUCAGCUAAUUUUGGAAAUAUUUAUGCCAAUGCCACUGCGGCUUGCACCUAUGAAGGAGAGAAUACUGUACUACUAUUGCAGGCUGCUAGAUUCUUAACCAAGAGCUAUGUGGGUGGUUUGAAGCGUUGUGUGUUACCCAGAACUGUAGCUUAUAUGCGCAUCUUCACUCGUCCCAAGUGGACAGCAGAUGUGGAGACCCUGGUAGCCUAUCUGGAGAAGACCUCCAUGGAGAGGGCCAAAUUUUCCUUUUUCUAUAUGCAAUCCAACAAAGCAAAUCCCAAGAUUGCCAAUCAUGCUGGUUUGUCACUGGCCAAGGCGGGUAUUUUGCAUGGCCGGGCUUUUAUGGCUCGCAUGGCUUUGGAUAAUGUGCGUUCGCAGAUACUCAAAGGACGCAUUCCAAAAUCCUUGCAAGGUGUCAUAGAGGAGUUGCUGAAUAUUUUCAUUAUGGAUCUUUUCCUGGCCAGUUUGGAUGAAAUUCUACACUUCAAUUAUCUUAGUGCCAAGCAAGUGCAGGAUAUUGAAGAACGUUAUCAACAGGCUUUAUUGGCUUUCCGUCCCAAUGCUGUUGCUGUGGUAGAUGGUUUUGACUUCCAUGAUCGUGUGCUGUCUUCAACUUUGGGCUGCUACGACGGUCAGGCAUAUGAACGUCUUAUGGCAGAGGCUCGCAAGUGUGAUUUAAAUACUGAAACGGUGAAUGCCACAUUUGAAAGCAGCUUAAAAACUCUGACGAGAUCUAAUUUGUAAUUGUGAGUGAGAAGAUAUUUUUUGUUAUUUUUUUUAUACCAUAAUUUUUUUGUUAAAUGGGGUAUUUGC